AUGCCAAUUACAAGAAAGGCAUUUACAUUUCAUUGUUUUGACUCAACUGUUGAGGUUCCUUUUCCAAAUACAAAGGUUGACCGAGAGCUCAUCGACUUUUACUUAAAGUAUGACCAACCUCAAUACUUGACAUGGAGUGCGCAGAAAAUUACAACUGUCAAAGUAUUGAAACCGACUCCCACUUGCAAAUUUGUGAAUGUGCGUUUCAAGAUCACACGAGGGUUUGCAAAUUCUGUCUCGAUGAUAUCUUUAGCAGAUCUUCCCAAUCUCAAUCCACAUGAUUGGAUAUUGCUAUACAACAUUCUUCUCACUAAUUCAAAGGAGUAUGAGCCGAUUUUGGAGCACUUAAAAAGAAUGUUGGCCUCCUACAUCUAUGAAGUUGCAACAAUGGAUCAGGAGAUAGAAAAAGUGAUGAAUAAGAAGCCGACGGUAAAGACUACUCAAAAGCUAGGGGAUGUGAACCAGAUGAUGAUAGGGCAAAUUGAUUCUAAGCAUCUGACUGUGAUGUUUACGAAAGGUGAAGCUAACAGAAUAUGCUUAACUUCUGAUGCUUGGACAUCAAUUGUUACAGAUGGUUAUUUGAGUUUGACUGCCCAUUAUGUUAAUAGCAAGUGGGUCUUACAGAAGAGGAUUUUAAAUUUUUCUGAAUUCCCUCCUCCACAUAUUGGUGUUGCUAUUGCUGAAAAGCUUAGUGGCUUGAUCAAAAGUUGGGGAAUUGAAAGGAAGUUGUUUUCUAUCACUUUGGAUAAUGCUUCCUCUAAUGAUGUUUGUGUUGGAUUGCUUAAGAAUCAAUUACAUUUGAUGAAUUCUAUAGUAUAUGAUGGUAAGUUGUUUCAUCUGAGAUGUUGUGCCCAUAUUCUCAAUUUGAUUGUUCAAGAUGGGUUGAAACAAAUCGAUGUUGUUGUUGAAAAAGUUAGAGAAUGUGUGAAGUAUGUCAAAGGAUCUUCAGUAAGAAAAACAAGGUUUUCUCAAUGUUGCUCACGAAAUCUUUUGGACACCAAAAAGGCUUUGAUGCAAGAUGUUCCUACUAGGUGGAAUUCUACUUAUAUGAUGCUUUCUUGUUCACUUUAUUAUCGACUAGCCUUUUCGCAUCAUAGUUUGAGUGAUUCUAACUUUCAUGAUUGCCCGUCCUCUGAUGAAUGGGAAAGAGUUGAGAAAAUGGGUAGAUUUCUGAAUGUGUUUUAUCACACAACUCUUCAGUUUUUAGGAUCACUUUAUCCUACUUCAAAUUUGUAUUUCCCUCAAAUAUUUGGAAUACAUUUGAAGUUGGUUGAAGAGAAGAAAAAUCCCGAUGAGUAUAUGAAAAAAAUAGCUACCCAAAUAUGGAAUAAGUUCAACAAAUAUUUGGCUGAUUUUAAUGUUCUGUUAGCUAUAGUCGUGGUGUUUGAUCCUCGAUAUAAAUUGUCGUUUAUUGAAUAUUGCUAUAAAAAACUCUAUGGAAAAGGUUCAUCAAAAUUUAAGGCUAUUGAGAGUGCCCUUUAUGAACUUUAUGAUGAAUAUGUGCAAGCUUCAAAAAAUGCAACAACAUCCGACUUGACAUCACAUCAAUGGAGCAACGACAACAUUAGACAAAUUAAUGUUGGGGGAGAGUCUAGUCAAAAAAACAUUCUUGAGUUGUUUAGUUUUCAAACAUCUGAAUCGGCUUUUAGUCUUGGUGGAAGAAAUUUAAAUGAAUAUCAAAGUUCCAUGAAGCCUGAUGUAGUUGAAGCUUUGGUUUGUAGUCGGGAUUCGUUGUUUGGAUGUAAAGUUGAUUUGGAUGUGGCUAUUGACAACCUAACUCAAAAUGUUAUGAAUUUGAACAUCAAUGAAGACAAUAUAGAGGUAAUCUUGAAGAAGUUGAUGUUGGAGGAAGAAAUGGGAAUUUUAGCAUGA